AUGGCCUCUGAUGUCCCACGAGUAUCAAUACUCGAAUUGUAUCUUGGACCUAGGUUUACAGAAGAUGAGAGUAGGUACUUUAGAUACUUUUGCGAGAAAGUUGCGGCAGGAAUAGCAGGGCCACUCCCCACGGGUGUAUGGUCUGAGAUUAUUCCUCAAGUAUGUGAAAUAGAACCAUACAUAGCACACGGCUUAGUAGCUCUGGGCGCCUUUAGCAAGCAUCGCAAAGAGAUAGUUAAUGGAAGUGGAUCAUCAAGCACCUACAAACACCUCGAUUACGCUUUAAAGGAAUAUGGGAAAAGUCUUCAAGGAAUGCAGAGAGCCAUUGAUAAAAGUGCAGGCCGGAGCCCCAGAACUGCUUUGAUUGCAUGUUUACUGGUUUUCUGUAUCGAAAGCAUACAGGGACGACAAGCAUCAGCUUCCAUACACGCAACGAAUGGUAUCAUGAUGCUCUAUGAUUUCUACGGAUCAUCCGCGGAAGGCUGCGAUUUUAGCAAGCAAGGUUCUAUUGGACCAGAACUUCGAACAGCGUUCACGGACUUAGACUUACAGGUCCUAUACUUUCUUGAUAUUCGCCCUGCUGUUCAUCACGUCAUGGUCAAAGAACGGCUCAAUCACUACAACCUUCGUGACGGAUUGCUUUCAAGUUUUCAAAACAUAAAGGAUUGUUACGAGUACUUACAAGCGAUCAUGAGACGGAAUCUUCAUUUCAUCGAUCAAGCCAGAAAAUCACUACUGGAUCCCCAUUUUCAAGAGCAAUCAGGAACCUUCUCACCCAAAGCCUGGGAAGAUGCUGCAGAUCUCCGACAAAACAACAAUCCAUGGUCACAGGUGGACGGACACGAGGCUCAUUUUCCACCCGAGAUAUUACAUGAACGCGAUACCUACCUAGCCGACAUGAUCCGUUGGGAAGAAGCCUCUGAAGAUAUCUUCCAAAAAUGCAUGGCUUCUCCCCAUCACAGCGAAGAUUUUCUCAGCGCUGCACUCCUCAAAGCACAUUCUGCCGCAAGUACCAUCCGAAUGCACGGAUCAUUCUACAUGGAUGAAAUCCAAUACGAUCAACUCGAGCCCUAUUUCCACACCAUCAUCACCUACUGUACACUUCUCCGCCCUCAUUAUUCAGCCUCGUCUUAUCAUACCAAUCUAGGGAUCCUAAUGCCACUAUUCGAAGUGGGCAUACAUUGCCGCAACAAACUGCUACGAGAUCAAGCAAUCACCAUGACAUUUGUGCAUAAAGAAUACAGGGAAGGGGUAUGGGAUAGUUACGUGGGUGGAUUGAUCUGUAAGUGGAUUAGAGACCUGGAAGAACCGUGGCGAGAUGCAAAGGGUCACAUACCUCAAGAUCGGAGGGCCAAAAUUGCAGGGCUCAACGUCGUGGUGGAGAAACGAAGAGCCCAGAUGUUUUGUACGCAGAGAGCGGGGCCGGGCUUGGGAAGUGUCACGAAAGAUAUCAUUGUUACUUGGUGA